CCCGCGUGUGCCGGGCGCAGGAGCGAGCGGGACACGGGCAGCUGGCGCAACUGAGCAGCGUGGUCGUGCUGGCGGGGGACAACCGCUCCGGGGCCGCCUCCGGAGAGGCCGGUGAGGGCGCCGGGGUCUCGGACGCGCCCCCGACCCGGGCGCCCACGCCGGACUUCUGCCGGGGCUACUUCGAUGUUAUGGGCCAGUGGGACCCGCCGUUCAACUGCAGCUCGGGCGACUUCAUCUUCUGCUGCGGGACUUGUGGCUUCCGGUUCUGCUGCACGUUUAAGAAGCGGCGACUGAACCAGAGCACCUGCACCAACUACGACACGCCGCUCUGGCUCAACACCGGCAAGCCCCCCGCGCGCAAGGACGACCCCCUGCACGACCCUACCAAGGACAAGACCAACCUGAUCGUCUACAUCAUCUGUGGGGUGGUGGCCGUCAUGGUGCUGGUGGGCAUCUUCACCAAGCUGGGGCUGGAGAAAGCGCACCGGCCCCAAAGAGAGCACAUGUCCAGGGCCCUUGCAGAUGUCAUGAGGCCACAGGGCCAUUGCAACACUGACCACACGGAGAGAGACCUUAACAUUGUUGUUCACGUCCAGCAUUACGAGAACAUGGAUACGAGAACCCCCAUAAAUAAUCUUCAUGCCACCCAGAUGAACAAUGCGGUGCCCACCUCCCCUCUCCUCCAGCAGAUGGGCCAUCCACAUUCAUACCCCAAUCUGGGCCAGAUCUCUAACCCCUACGAACAGCAGCCACCGGGCAAAGAACUCAACAAGUACGCCUCCCUGAAGGCCGUCGGAAGUUCUGAUGGUGACUGGGCAGUGGCGACACUUAAGUCACCAAAAGCCGACAAGGUCAAUGAUGACUUCUACUCCAAGCGACGGCACCUGGCUGAGCUGGCAGCCAAGGGGAACCUACCUCUGCACCCUGUAAGAGUGGAGGAUGAGCUUCCCCGCUUCAGCCCUGAGCAUGGUCCAGCCAAGCAGAAUGGACAGAAGUCUCGCACCAACAAGAUGCCCCCCCACCCCCUGGCCUACAACUCCACCACCAACUUUAAGGGCUGGGACCCCAAUGAGCAGUCUCUCCGGCGGCAGGCUUAUGGCAACAAGGGCAAGCUUGGGACGGCCGAAUCGAGCUCCAGUGACCCCUUGGGAACUCGCACCCAGCACUACCCACCCCCACAGCCAUACUUCAUCACCAACAGCAAAACAGAAGUGACUGUCUGAGCUUUCUCUACAGAGAGCACCCUGGAGACCACACUCAACUGAGAGAGGCAAAAAAAUAUCCCAGCCCACACCUUCCCUGUCCUCCUUCCACACACGUACCCACACACUCACUCUCCACAAGAACCCACUAUAAACCAACUGGUGACACGGAAUCAUGCCUUUCCUGGGUCAUGCCUGACACGUGUUAGUGGGCAGCUGAGGAAGACCGAAGCAUGGACAUUCGGCAGUACAGCAAAGGGGAAACUGAGGCACAGUCUUUCAACUUCAGGCCCAAGGUGGCCAACUCCUGUGCCCAAAACUGUGGGGCUAAUUAUUCUUUCCCUCUGAACUUGUACCUGAAGUCCAUGAUGAAAAAAAGAAAUAGAAGUAGCACAAUUUAGAGAAAUUGUCCAUUUGAGCACA